AUGCCUGCAGACAGAGCGGGGUACACUGUUACUAUGUUCCUCGUCGACGCGUCGUCGUCGAUGGGCAAUGUCAGGGAAGUUGAGGUUGAAAAUGCAGACGGCUCAACUCGCACUGUCGAAAUGACCAACCUCCAGUGGGGUCUGCAAUACGUCAAGCUCAAAGUACAGGAAAUGAUUUUCAAUGGACGAAAGACGGACCAAUGUGGCGUCAUUGUUUUUGGCUCCAAAAACACCAACAACCAUCUCAACAAAACAAAAGGAGGUUAUGAAAAUGUAGUUGAAUAUAUUCCAAUUGGAAAGCCGAAUGCCAAAACUCUGGCCAGAAUUGACGCCCUUCAGCCUUCCGAUACCUCUGGUGAUCCAAUUGACGCGCUGAUUGUGGGCAUUGAUACUCAGAGCAGAUAUCUUGGGACUAAAAAAACAUGGACGCGCAAAAUUGUUAUUGUUACUGAUGGUGAAAGUCCAAUUGAAGUCGAAGACUGGGAAGCGACCGUUGCAAAAAUGGACGAACUGGAAGUGAAAUUGACCGUAGUUGGAGUUGACUUCGACGACGAGGAACUACCAUACGCAGAAGCAGACAAGAGCAAUAUAAAGCGCGUCAAUGAAAGUUUCUAUCACCAAUUAACUUCGAGCAUGAACUCCGGCGUAGUGGGUACAUGCGCAUAUGCCCUCCGCGAGACGACCGCUCCAGAAGUCAAACAAACCAAAUCCGUUCUGGUGGGCACCCAGCUGCGCAUCGGCGACUUUGCGGCGCGCUCAGACGAAGCUAUUGAGGUUCCGGUUAAGAUGAGCAAAUGCACUGCGCUUGCACGGCCCAAGUCCUGGAAAAAGUUUGUUCUGAUGCAGAAAGAGAAGGAUGCGAUGGAGGUGGACAACGACGUGUCUGUGUACUCGCAGGUCACUGGACAGACACAAUUUGCCGUACAAGAAGAUGAGGACGAGGAGAAAGAAAAAGAAAAAGUGAAGCAGGAAGAUGUGAAGAUGGAAGAAAACGAUGAGGCUCAGGUUCCUCCCAAAACAAAAGGUCUGCAGGUGGAAAAGGAAGAACUUACUAAAGGCUUCAAAUAUGGAACAACAUUCGUGCCGGUUCCAGAAGGAGAGGGCCAGUUUAUGAGAUUGACAACGCAUAAAGGGAUAGAUCUCAUCAGCUUUUUUGCUGCUGACACUUUCCGUCGCGAAUUGGCCAUGGGCGAGAUAUACUACAUUUGGGCCGACACCAGUCGUCCGGUUGAGCAAGUCGCACUGUCGUCGAUCGUUCAAGCUAUGAAUGAACGCAAGUUAAUGGCCAUUGGUCGUUUCGUCUCAAGAGAUGGUAUGGACCCGAAGAUGGGCGUUUUAGCCCCCAUCUUAUUCGAAGAUGUUGACUGUCUGUUAUGGAUUCCGACACCUUUUGCGGACGAUGUACGCAAGUACACGUUUGGGUCAUUGGAUACACUUAUCAAUAAGAAGGGAGAGGUUUUGACGGAACAUCCAUAUCUACCCACCGAGGAGCAACUUUCCGCCAUGGAUGAUUUUGUGGAUGCUUUGGAUCUCAUGGACGCCGGAGAGAAGAACGAGGAUGGUGUUCGGGAGCCUUGGUUCGAUACUCGAGAGUCUUAUAACCCUGCUAUACACCGUGUCAAGCAGGCAAUGUUUCACAGUGCUGUUGUCAAAGAUGUUGUGGAAUACCCUGUCCCACCUCCUCAUCCUGAAACAACCAAGUACUUUGAACCACCUAAGAGGGUACUACGGAGGGCUAAAGAAGCUAUUGAGGAGUGUAAAAAUGCAUUCAAUGUCAAACAAGUCCCAAAAAGAACGGCGAGGACUAAGAAGGACGAAUUUUCCCGUGCUGCCGAUGGUAAUGAAGAGGCGGCGUUGCUUGCUAAAUUUCUGGGACCUGCGUCAUCUCGAGAUAAGGAGACCCAGGCACAGUCGCAAAUGAACGUCGUAGAGGCAGAACCUUCGCAUCCCCAAUUGUCUGUAAGAAGUGAUGACGCAGAGGCCAGCGAAACCGAAGACGAGGAUGAAGAGUCAGCCAUGGCUGUCGACAUGAAGAAACCAGCCACACCUCUACCUGAAGCGUCCUCGUCUUCCCGGCCGCCUUUACCAACACCCGCGCGGUCCAUGUCACCCAACGCCGAGGACAACAGUCCAGCAAGAAUCAUCAGCAACGCUCGCCCAUUGGAGGACUUUAAGGAGAACAUUGCACAGGGGGAUGUGGUAAGCAAGGCGGUGAAAGAUUUGGCGGAAGUGGUUGUUGAGGAAGUGCUUAAGCCAUUUGCGACACGGAGGGCGGAUGAGAUGGUGGAGUGUAUGGUUGUAUUGAGGAAGACUUGCCUUGAGGAGGAUGAGAUUGACGCUUGGAAUGCUUUUCUUCGUGAUUUGAAGGAAAAGUGCUUGACCAAGCCCGGCAAUCCUAAUUUCUGGGAUAAGAUCAGAGAUGUCGGCAGGAGGCUAAGUCUGAUCAGCAAACACGAGGCGAAGAAGCUGGGAGGAAUUUCUGACGUUACUGGAGAUGAGGCCGAGGAGCUUCCGGGAGGGUACAAAGGUUGA